GAAGCUCCGAAGCCAAAUUAAAAUUGUUUGUAGUUCAUGACAAGUGACAAGCGUUGUUAGUUAAAACAAAAAGAAAAAUGUCAAAAUUGAUUAUUGUAUGGGUGAAAUAAUUUGACAUUAUUAUUAGUAUCGUCAGUGUAACAAUCAAAAUAGAGUUGAUUGUUGAAUAAACUGGAGUCUGAUCGUAAUAAUAUGGCGAGUCCGUCGCCUCAGUCAUCACCGAUGCCACCGCCACAAGCUCCGAGUCCAAUGGGUCCACCACAACAAUCGUCGUCGCCGUCGAAUCCUCAAGGAAGCCCGAUGGGACCACCGCAGCAUCACCCGCACAGUCCGACCCAGGGAUAUCCUGGUGGGCCUCCACUACCUGGCCCGGGUCCGGGACCUGGAGGACCUCCGAUGUCUCAACCACCGCAACAACCGCCACCUCAACAGCAAAAUUAUCCACCGCAUCCACACCAAAUGCCACCUAAUCUGGGCCCUCAGGGCCCACUGGAAGGUCCGCCUGGGUCACAAGGCCCUGGAGGACCGAUGAUGCAAGGACAGAUGGGAGGGCCACCGAACGCUGGACAUAUGGGACCGAAUCAAAUGGGUGGACCACGUGGGCCAUCUCUGAUGGGUCCGGGACCUAAUCAAAUGGGCCCGGGUGGUCUCAAUCAAAUGGACUCAGAAGGUGGAUCAAUUAGUGGACCAGGUCCAAUGUUUCCUGGAGGUCCUCGUCCUAUGGGACCGGGUGGACUAAAUCAGAUGGGGCCUGGUGGCCCGAAUCCAAUGGGUCCGGGAGGGCCUAAUCAAAUGGGACCUGGAGGACCUAGUGGGCCGAAUCAGAUGGGCCAAGGAGGACUAAAUCAGAUGGGACCUGGAGGUCCAAAUCAAAUGGGACCUGGAGGACAAAUGGGUCCAGGUCAUAUGGGACAACCAGGUGGACCUCCAGCACCACCACAUAUGCAAGGGGGUCCGGGACCACAAAUGGGACCUGGAGGUCCAGGGAACCAAAUGCCAAGUGGACCAGGACACAUGCAAGGGCCUCCACCAUCGGGACUUAUGAAUGCAGGGCCAGGUCACAUGGGUCCGGGACCUGGGUCAAUGCCAGGUCCAGGACACAUGAAUCCAUCCAUGGCUGGUGGUCCACCCGGUCCGAUGUCCGGAGCACCUUCAAUGGGUCCAGGCGGACAAAUGCCUAAUCACGGACAUGGUGCCAAUGGACAUUCUCAGAUGAAUGUGGGUGGUCCAGGAAAUCAAAUGAACAUGAGACCUGGUGGUCCAGGUGUUCUUAUCAAUAUGAGUGGACCUGGCGCUCCCGGACCUGGUCCAGCUGGUCCUAUGGGUCCAAAUUCCGGCCCAGGGAAUCAAAUGGGACCUGGCGGACCGAUGAUGCCUGUAUCAGGUUCUAAUCAGAUGCCUCCAGGCGGACCUUCGAGUCAAAUGGGACCGGGAGGGCCUUCAGCAAUAGGCGUUAACAACUCCGGAAACCCAGUAGGUCCUGGUGGACCAUCAGGACCUCCAGGUAUGGGCCCGAUGCCAUCAGGAGCUCCAAAUCAACCGAUGGGACCAAUGGGACCCGGGGGACCAGGUAAUCAAAUGACUCCAACUCCUAGUGGUCCUCCUGGCCCUUCCGGACCUGGACAAGAGAAUCUCAAUGCUCUUCAAAAAGCCAUUGACUCCAUGGAAGAAAAAGGUCUCCAAGAGGAUCCGCGUUACUCACAAUUACUCGGUCUUCGUGCACGUGGCCAAGGUGUUCCCGGCAUGGGUGAUAAGCAGAGCUUUAGCUCUCAACAACUCCAACAGCUUCGUGUUCAAAUAAUGGCGUACCGUCUGCUAGCCCGCAACCAACCACUGUCUCAACAACUAGCUCUCGCAGUUCAAGGUGGAGCACCACCACCAGGGAUGCCUCAGCGACCCAUGGACCCAUCGCAGGGUCCCGGUACACCAUCUGGCCCUCAACUUCAUUCCGGGGCCCCGGGUGGCGUUGGACCGGGUCCCAUUGGACCUCCACGACCUGGAUCCCAACCAUCUCAACAACAACAGCAACAACAGCAGCAGCAACAACAACAGCAGCAACAGCAGCAGCAACAACAACAACAACAACAACAGCAACAGCAGCCCGGGAAUAAAAUCAACCGCGUAACAAGUAUUGCUAAGCCUGUCGGUAUAGAUCCUCUACUUAUUCUCCAGGAACGUGAAAAUCGUGUAGCUGCACGUAUCGCCCUACGUAUAGAACAGCUGAGCAAUUUACCCACGAAUAUGCCUGAGGAUUUGCGUAUAAAAGCGCAAAUUGAACUGCGUAUGCUACGAGUGCUUCAUCUCCGACGUCAAUUGUGUUCUGAAAUUUUAGCAUCCACUCGCAAAGACACAACUCUCGAGACUGCAGUGAAUUUCAAGGCCUACAAGCGUACAAAACAUCAAGGAUUACGUGAAGCUCGUGCUACAGAGAACUUGGAAAAACAACAGAAACUUGAAGCAGAGCGUAAACGUCGUCUGAAGCAUCAAGAAUUUUUGACUUCCGUCUUACAGCACAGUAAAGACUUCAAAGAAUUUCAUCGUAACAACGUUGCUAAGUUGUCACGUCUCAACAAAGCUGUACUGAACUACCACGCGAAUGCUGAGCGCGAACAGAAGAAGGAACAAGAGCGAAUUGAAAAGGAACGAAUGCGUCGUCUGAUGGCCGAAGACGAAGAAGGUUACCGUAAACUCAUUGAUCAAAAGAAAGACAAACGUUUGGCAUUUUUGCUGUCACAAACUGACGAGUACAUCGGCAAUCUUACUGAGAUGGUCAAGCAACACAAGAUGGAGCAGAAACGUAAGCAAGUCGAAGAGCAGAAACGUAAGAAGAAGAAGAAGAAAAUGCAAGACGGGAUACCGGUUAACGAAGACGGCACUCCGGCUGAGGACACGCGGGUUCAUGUCUAUGAAGUGAGCACUGGACGGACACUAACGGGUGAGGAUGCGCCGCUGAUGAGUCAAUUGAACGCUUUCAUGGAGUCACAUCCUGGCUGGGAAGUUGUCGAGACUGACAGCGACGAAGAAAAUGAGGAAGAUGAAGAAGAAAAUGUCUCGGAACAGAAAGCCAACACUAGUAACUCUACUGCUGGAAGUAACAACGCUGCUGGUGACAGUGAAACUAACAAGAAAAUAAACAAAGCUAAAGUCGAAGAUGACGAGUAUAAAACUGAAGAACAGACUUACUAUAGUAUCGCGCACACUGUACAUGAAACAGUUACCGAGCAAGCCUCGAUUAUGGUCAAUGGUAUGCUCAAGGAGUAUCAGAUAAAGGGUCUCGAGUGGUUGGUGUCGUUGUUUAACAACAACCUCAAUGGUAUUCUAGCUGACGAAAUGGGUCUCGGCAAGACGAUUCAAACGAUCGCGCUCGUAACUCAUCUUAUGGAGAAAAAGAAGGUCAAUGGCCCGUUUUUAAUCAUCGUUCCGCUGUCAACUCUGUCUAACUGGGUACUGGAAUUUGAAAAGUGGGCGCCGAGUGUCGUUGUCGUAUCCUACAAGGGUUCGCCCGCCGGGCGACGAGCGAUACAGUCGCAAAUGCGUGCGACCAAGUUCAAUGUACUGCUGACCACCUACGAGUAUGUCAUCAAAGACAAAAGUGUCUUGGCUAAAUUGCAAUGGAAGUACAUGAUCAUCGAUGAGGGUCACAGAAUGAAGAAUCAUCAUUGUAAAUUAACUCAGGUGUUGAACACACGUUACAUUGCGCCGCACCGUUUACUAUUGACGGGUACUCCGUUGCAAAAUAAAUUGCCCGAGUUGUGGGCGCUUUUGAACUUCUUAUUACCGUCGAUCUUUAAGUCCGUCAGUACAUUUGAGCAGUGGUUCAACGCGCCUUUUGCCACCACCGGAGAAAAGGUUGAGCUGAAUGAGGAAGAAACGAUUCUUAUUAUCCGACGUCUGCACAAAGUACUGAGACCGUUUUUGCUGCGACGUUUGAAGAAAGAAGUUGAGUCUCAAUUGCCUGACAAAGUUGAGUAUAUUAUCAAAUGUGAUAUGUCUGGAUUACAGAAAGUUUUGUACAAACACAUGCAGAGUAAGGGUGUGCUGCUGACUGACGGUUCCGAGAAAGGAAAGCAAGGAAAAGGUGGCGCGAAAGCGCUGAUGAAUACAAUUGUCCAGCUUCGAAAAUUGUGUAAUCAUCCAUUUUUGUUCCGAACUAUUGAAGAGAAGUAUUGCGAGCACAUCGGGGUCCAGGAUUCUCACACAGUAUCAGGGCCAGAUUUAUAUCGUGCGUCAGGUAAAUUUGAAUUGUUGGAUCGCAUACUGCCUAAGCUGAAGGCGACCAAUCACCGCGUGUUGUUGUUCUGUCAAAUGACGCAGCUGAUGACGAUAAUGGAGGAUUACUUAAGCUGGCGCGGUUUCAAGUAUUUGCGGUUGGACGGUACGACCAAAGCUGAAGAUCGUGGUGAUUUAUUGAAGAAGUUCAAUGACCCUGGGUCACAGUAUUUCUUAUUCUUGCUGUCAACCCGUGCCGGUGGUCUGGGUCUUAAUUUACAAGCCGCUGAUACUGUUAUUAUAUUUGAUUCCGACUGGAAUCCACAUCAAGAUUUGCAGGCACAGGAUCGUGCCCAUCGUAUUGGGCAGAAGAAUGAAGUGCGGGUACUGCGGUUGAUAACUGUCAAUUCUGUUGAAGAAAGAAUACUGGCUGCUGCGCGUUAUAAAUUGAAUAUGGAUGAGAAAGUCAUCCAGGCUGGAAUGUUUGAUCAGAAAUCAACAGGAAGUGAAAGGCAGCAAUUUUUGCAGAGUAUUUUACAUCAAGACGACGCGGAUGAUGAGGAAGAAAAUGAAGUAGCGGAUGACGAAACAGUUAAUCCGAUGAUCGCUAGAUCAGAAGGUGAGAUUGAGAUCUUCGCAAAAUUGGAUCUCGAGCGACGACGUGAAGAAGCGAAACUGGGUCCCAAUCGUAAGCCACGAUUGUUAGAGGAAAAUGAGUUGCCUGAUUGGUUGAUUAAAAACGACGAGGAAGUCGAGCGCUUGACUUAUGAAGAAGAUGAUGAUCGGUACUUAGGACGUGGAUCGAGGCAGCGUAAGGAAAUUGAUUAUACUGAUAACUUAAUUGGUAAGGAGUGGCUCAAAGCCAUUGACGAUGACGGUGUUGAGUACGACGACGAGGACGAAGAUGAUAAGAAGAGAAAGAAAACGCGCAAGCGACGCAAGAGGGGCGAGGAAGAUGACGAACCGACGCCGAAAAAGCGCCGCGGGGGCGGUGGCAGCAGUGGCAGUGGGUCCGGUCCUUCUGUUGAUACGAAAUUACGCAGGGCCAUGAAAAAAUUGUUGAUGGUUGUUGUUAAUUAUACUGAUAGUACUGACGGGAGGUUGUUGAGUGAACCAUUUAUGACACUACCAUCUCGGCGAGAGUUACCUGAUUACUAUGACGUCAUAAAAAAACCAUUGACUAUCAAUAAGUUAUUGAAGAAUAUUGAUGAGAGCAAAUAUUCGAGUGUAGAUGAAUUGGAAAAAGAUUUCAUGCAGUUGUGUAAAAAUGCCCAAAUUUACAACGAAGAGGCCUCGCCAAUUCACGAGGAUUCAAUUGUUCUGGAAUCGGUAUUCACAAACGCACGACAAAGACUCGAAGCCGAAGGUCCAAUGUCUGAUGACGAAAAUAAUUCAUCUCCAGACGAUCGUGACGACGGAUCGGACGGCGAUUCGAGUGUAAGGAUGAAGAUUAAAUUAAAAGGACGUAAGAGUGAGAGUAGAUCGGGUAGUAGACGUAAAAGAAUUACGAAAAAAUAUAUUUCUGAUGACGAUGACGAUGCUGAUGACAAUUAAGUCAUUUAUAUUUUUAUAUUUCUUUAAUAAUUAGCGACUUUUACUGUCACUUGAACGACUGUAAUUAAAAUUACAAUUAAAUAACUUUCAAUUAAUGAAUUCAACUUUGCUAUUUUUUUUUUGCUCCGCAAAAACACGCGAUUUAAAUUUUAUAUAAACUGACAAUUAUAUUCUUUGGCAUCAGCAUCGUUAAAAAUAUAAUUUUUAUCUUUUUAAGAUGUUGAGUAGAACCAAGUUCCGGAUCUGUAGUAUCUUCCAUUAUUAUUAUAAUUAAAUAACGAUAGUUAGCCUCUUCAAUAUACUUAAUAUCUAUAUAUAUAUAUUUAAUAAUGUUGAGUAUAUGAAACAACAUCGGAUCUUAUAACAAUAAAUAUUAAUAUAAGAAUUUAUAUAACAAUUUUAAAUGUGAUGAUAUAUAAAAUUGCAUUCAAAGGCUUUAUUUGUUAUAUGUUAACACAACAAUAUUUUUAUUAUUUAUUAAUUAAUAAAUACUUAUAUUUGAUAAUACAUUUUUAUACAUCAUCGUCUCAGUAGAAAAUUUCAUAACUCAAUUUUUUCUUUAAUUAUACGGAAGGAAAAAUAAAAUUUUAUUUAAAAAUUUUAUGAUCUAAGGUAAGAGACCUAGUACCCGACCAGGGAACUAGUACCCGAUCACUCAUAUAUUUAUAUAUAUAUGGGAUCGAGUACUAGCUCCCUGAUCGAGUACUAGGUCCGCUACCUUACUCAAAGUUUUAAAUUUAUAAGUUUUUUCGGGGAAUGUGCUUGGACUUUUUUAUCAUGAAUUUUUUUUACACAGGAUCUAAUAAAUUCGUGUAUGCUAGCGACACAUUUUUAUUGAGCAACGUUUCGUGACUAAUUGCCACUUCAUCAGACUCUUAAAAACUGUCACAUAAAUAAAACUUAUCAAUAUUUUGCUUACAAAUUUUAUAUAUUUUAUGUAUUAAUAUAUAUUUUUAUACAGUUGCAUUUUAUAGUAACUAAACAAAGGCAAUAGUGUCAAUAAAUUAAGAAAUGAAAUAAACAUUACGUAAUUUAUGUUUAAUAAUUCACAGCCAAAGGUGUGAUUCUUAUUUUUAAUUUAAAAAAGAAAAAAAAUUAAAAAUCAGAAUCACACCUUUGGCUGGGAAAUAUUAAACAUAAACUAUGUAAUCUUUAUUUGAUUUCUUAAUUUAUUGACCCUAUUGCCUUUGUUUAAUUACUAUAAAAUGCAACUAUAUAAAAAUAUAUAUAUUACAUACAAUAUAUAAAAUUUGUAAACAAAAUAUUGAUGUUUGAUUUGCGUGACGGUUUUUUAGAGUCUGAUGAAGUGACAAUUAGUCAGGAAACGUUGCUCAAUAAAAAUGUGUCGCUAAAAUACAUGAAUUUAUGGCAGUGUUACACUUUUACUCACAACAUCUCUACUCCAGGGAAGUAGCCUCAACUUUACUCACAGUUUUUUUUACUCAGGCUUAACUCUACUGUUAUAUAUUUACUCAGCUUCAACUAGACUCAGUGACAACUUUAUGCAGCUAAAACUCUGCUCACGUAUUUUAGCCUAUCGAUAAAAUAGCAAUUAUUUGUGAGUAGAGUUGUAGCUGAGUAAAGAUAUAACUGAGUAGAGUUAAACCUGAGUAACAAAAAAAUGUGAGUAGAGUUGAAGCUGAGUAAAGUUGUGAGUGAGUAGAAUUGUAAUACUGCCGAAUUUACUAGAUUUCUUAUCGCUGAUAAUCAUAAGUCAUUUAAAUUUAUAGGAUCAGAAUACAUCAUUGAUAUAAAAAAUCAUUUUUUGAAUUUGCAGUCCGGAAAAUUUCUACUGAUAACGUCGAUGUAAUAAUUGUUGAAGCUUUGAUAACUUUUUUUAUUGCUGUAUUUAAUUAAUCACAAAAAUAUGUCUUUAUAAAUCAUAUGUGAUUAUAAAUCAUUAGGUAUCAUUAGGAGUAAACAAAUAUGAUAUGAUCAUAUAUUAGGAGCCAUUGAUUACUAAAUUAUAAUUAAUAAUUUAAUGAUUUGUGGUACUUAUUUUAAAUAAUUAUUACGAAUUAAAGUAAAUAAUCAAUUGAUUAGCAGAUAUUUUUUAUUUGCUGAAUCAGUAGACAUUUUUAUAAUUUUUAAUUAUUAUUCAUGAUAAAAAAUUGAUAGUUUAACAUCGAAUGCUUUGAAUCUAAAGUUUUAAAUAUUAAUAAAACAUUAUAGUAAUGUACUAUUAUAUAUUUUGACUUUAAUUCCGUGAAGGAAAAAAGAUUUAAACAUGUAAAUAAUUAUUGAUUAACUUAAUUGUUGAAUUGAUGGUCAUGUUUAUUAAUUAUUACUCUUAUAAUUAAUUUUCAUUGUUUUAUUUAUAAAGAUUUAAAAGUAUUGUGGAGGGGAAUAAAAAAAAAAUUUUUUUUUAAUUUCCAGAAGAUUAUUUAUGAAAUUUUCUUUUUCAAUAUAACAAUUAUUGUGCGGUUAUAUUUUUAUUAUUGAUAUAUGAU